AAUUCGAUUUCUAUUAAUAAUUUUUUUAUUCAAAGGGAGAUGAUAGACUUACGCCAAAUAGCGUAUUAGCAAGAAAUAAAAGCUAUAUUUUUUCUUAUUUAUACGCAUUUUCCAAAUUUCGCACUUCUAUUCGGGAUUUUUGAACUACAUGCAAAAUAUGAAAUCUCAAAACGCAUUGCAAAAUGAAAUAGAAAAUAUAGUUAAUGAACUUGACAAAUCAUAUCUUCGACCAGUUCAUGCUGAGGUUUACGACUGUUCAUUAAAAUGCUGUAAAAAUUCUGAUAUGAAUAUUGAAGAGUUCCAAAAAUGUAUAGGAAGAUGCUCAGAACCAAUUAUUAAAUGUCAAAAUUAUUUACAAGAGGAGCUCUCUUCAUUUCAAAAUCGAAUACAAAGAUGUGCAAAUGAUUGCCAAGAUCAAGUAAAAGAUAAAAUGUCUAGCCUAUUUAAAUCAUCGGUGCAGGCAUCCAGUAACCAUGACGCUUCCGAUAAAGCUCAAAAAGCUUUUGAUCAAUGUGUAGAUAAUUGUUUUCAAUCACACGUUGACAAAUUAAACCCACUAAAACAGAGAAUUUCGCUUUAUCUAUCGCAAUUUAUGUGAAAAUGUAUUAUGCAAAAUAUAGCUGUGACCGUUAAAUAAA